AUGGUCUCUGUCUGCAUUGCUCGCAGACACACAUACAUAGAAUGUUAUGCUGACUUCUUCAGAGAAGACUUUGAUGUGAAAGCUUACACUUCCCAGUCCAUCCAUCAGGCUGUGAUAGCUGAGCAACUGGCUAAACUUGCUCAAGGUAUCAGUCAGUUGGAUAAAGAGCUGCAUUUACAAGUUGUUGCAAGACAUGAAGAUUUGUUGGCCCAAGCUACUGGAAUUGAAUCCCUGGAAGGUGUACUCCAAAUGAUGCAAACUAGAAUUGGUGCUCUACAAAGCACUGUUGAUAGAAUUAGAGUCAAAAUCAUUGACCCCUACAACAAAAUAGUCUCUCGCACAGCUCAGCUAGCAAAACUUCAAGCUGCCUGUGACUUGCUGCGGAGGAUAAUACGCAUCUUGUAUCUCAGUAAGAGACUUCAAGGACAACUGCAAGGAGGAAGCAGAGAGAUAACAAAAGCUGCCCAGAGUCUCAAUGAACUUGAUUAUCUUUCUCAAGGGAUAGAUCUGUCUGGAAUAGAAGUAAUUGAAAAUGACCUGCUUUUUAUUGCAAGAGCUCGUCUUGAGGUGGAAAACCAGGCUAAAAGGUUGCUUGAGCAAGGUGUGGAGACUCAGAAUCCUACUCAAGUGGGAACUGCUCUUCAGGUUUUCCAUAAUCUUGGGACUUUGAAGGAUACCAUUGCCAAUGUGGUGGAUGGAUACUGCACAGUGCUGGAAGAGAACAUAAAAAAUGCUUUGGAUAUCAAAGUGUUGACCCAACCAUCUCAAGCCAUCACAAGAGGUGGCCCUGGUAGAGCUGCUAUGCCAACACCUGGGAACACAGCAGCUUUUCGAGCAGCCCUCUGGACAAACAUGGAGAAACUCAUGGAUCAGAUCUGUGCUGCUUGCGGACAGGUGCAGCAUUUGCAGAAAGUAUUGGCAAAGAAAAGAGAUCCUGUGUCACAUGUCUGCUUCAUAGAGGAGAUAGUUAAGGAUGGCCAGUCUGAUAUUUUGUACAAAUUUUGGACUGCAGUAACCCAGACACUUUCCUCUCAGUUUCAGUCAGCUACAGACUCCUCUAUGUUUUUGAAACAAGCAUUUGAAGGAGAAUACCCUAAAUUACUGAGGCUUUAUAAUGACUUGUGGAAGCGCCUCCAACAAUAUAGUCAAAAUAUUCAGAGGAAUUUUAACACGAGUGGAACUACUGAUCUUUUUGCUGAACUGCAACAAAUGGAAGAAGAUGCACAGGAUAUAUUCAUGCAAAAAAAUGAAGAUUACGAUCCAGAAAAGGCCUUGAAAGAUUCACUGCAACAGUAUGAAGCUGCCUAUCUGUCAAAAUCCUUGUCUCGACUGUUUGACCCCAUCAAUCUUGUCUUUCCUCCUGGAGGUCGGAAUCCUCCCUCUUCUGAUGAGCUUGACAGCAUCAUUAAAACUAUAGCCAGUGAGCUAAAUGUGGCUGCUGUUGAUCCAGACCUCAGUUUAGCUGUGGCCAAAAAUGUGGCGAAGACCAUUCAGCUUUAUGGUGUAAAGUCAGAACAGCUUCUAUCUACUCAAGGAGACGCCAGCCAGGUGAUUGGGCCACUGACGGAGGGCCAGAGGAGGAACGUGGCUGUGGUUAAUUCUCUGUACAAACUGCACCAGGCAGUUCUGAAGGUUAUUACCAGUCAGAGCUCAUUUCCAGCAGCUGCUGAGCAAACGGUCACAACUGCCUUAAAGGCAGUCCAUGAUCUAAUGGGUAGUGCUGUUCAGCCGCUACUGAACUCUGUAGGAGAUUCAGUGGAAGCUAUUAUCAUCACUAUGCACCAGGAAGAUUUUUCUGGAUCAUUAUCCAGCUCAGGAAAACCAGAUGUCCCUUGUUCCCUCUACAUGAAGGAACUUCAGGGUUUUAUAGCAAGAGUCAUGAGCGACUACUUCAGACAUUUUGAGUGUUUUGACUUCGUCUUUGAUAACACUGAAGCCAUGGCUCAAAGAGCAAUUGAGCUUUUCAUUCGCCAUGCCAGUCUAAUAAGGCCCCUCGGUGAAGGUGGGAAGAUGCGCCUGGCAGCGGAUUUUGCACAGAUGGAGUUAGCAGUAGCACCGCUGUGUCGACGAGUCUCUGACUUAGGAAAAUCUUACAGACAGCUGAGGUCAUUCAGACCACUGCUGUUCCAGACCAGUGAGCAUAUCGCCAAUAGCCCAGCUCUGGGAGAGGUUAUUCCAUUCAGCAUUAUUCUUCAGUUCUUAUUUACAAGAGCACCACCAGAGCUAAAAUCACCCUUCCAGAGGGCUGAGUGGUCCAUUGCCCGCUACUCCCAGUGGCUCGAUGAUCAUCCAUCUGAAAAAGACAGGCUUGCUCUCAUACGGUAA